CUCACAUUUGAGCCAACUCACUUGACACUUCCUCACAAUCCAAACUCUCACCUUUUCAACGCUUCACUCUGCAACACGAAUAAGCAGGAGGUACAUACCUCCCCAGCACACGCAUUAUGAAUAUUCACCCGGACGACGAAGCCUUUUUGGCGCGGUUUCAGACCCUACCCAAGCCUCGUCGCCAAGCCAUUUAUCGCGGCCUUCUGGAGCGACUACGGUCAGAUGAGUGGCGUGAAGUCAGGGAACACGCUGAGGUUCACACCCUUCAGUGUGAUAUCUUCGGCAAGCUGCCUCUUGAAAUCACUUCUCUUGUGGCAGGGUUUUUACCGCUGGUUGACAUAAUUCGCCUUCGAAGAGUCUCCAGGCGUUGGCAGUCCAUCCUCUCGUACCACUCGCUGUGCCGGGCUGCGUUGUGGAAAGCCUUAGGGAGGAAUCCUUUGGUAAACUCUACAGCUCCAGUUUCGAAUACUCUGACCGCUACGAGUAAAACUGAAUCGAGCCAUGACUUUGAAACCUCCUUCGCCAGCUUCGUCGAAAGACGAUACCGCCUAGAGCGGGGAAAACCACACAGUGUCAUCUCGAUGGGCAGCCCAGCAGUGUCUCAAAAUGAUCAUGAUUAUAGUCUCAAUUCUGUGGACUUCAGGUAUUCCACCGGCAUAUGUACCUGGAUUGAUCAAUUGGAAGAUGGAACCUCUGUGAUCGCCCUGAAUCUAUCAAUGGGCGAAAGGAAGAAAUUCACUACUGCCAACAGGGAAACGCUCCUGUGUGUCCGAAUUUCAGGUUCUACAAUCGCUGCGCUCUCACUCUCGGGCUAUUGCCAUGUCUGGAACUAUGAUGACACAUCCCAAUGCUCCUCUUUCAGAGUUCCCUCGUUGGAGGUCAACCAGAUCAUGAUUAGAGGGAAAAGUGUUGUCCUAGAGUAUCCCGGUUCUCUCGUCCACUGGAGCUGUGACACCAGAAUCGCCCGGACUAUCGACGUCGAACAAACGGUCGUGACUGUAGCUCUCCAUCCCUCGGAGGACGAAAUUACCACAAUCCAUUAUUGUGAGCAGCUCCGCUCUGAGCCGGAGAGAACUCUCGACGGAGAUGGAGAUGAUGUUCUGACGUCCCAUGAACCGCCGAUGCCCCAUUUCUAUACGACGAAAUACGCACUAAACAGUGAGGGUGACUGGUACGCAUCCCCUUCGCGCUCUGUCCCGAUUCCAAUACCCCGUGGGCCCAUGGACUGGCCUGGGCACUACGUCUUUGGGACAAGGAAGGAGAUACAACCGGGGCAGUAUGGCAUAGAUGGCUACAUGGAAUAUACGGAAGAGGAAGAUGAAAACGGCCACAAACGUCCACUGUUCGUCUACCUCUCGAUCGAACCAAACGGCUUGGUCGCCAUGCACACACUUCCCUACAACCCUGUGUAUGGGCCUCAGUUCUACUCCGAGGAAGGAAUUAUCUAUUUCUCCAUUGCACCCCGGGAUGGGAAAUGCCAGCAGUAUGGGAUUGCGAAAUCCAAAGCCAUGACGGGCCCUUCGGAUGCAUACGUCUGGCUGGACUACUCGAUCCAGCAUUUGCAAGAUGUGGAGGAGCGUGUGCACAUUUUCGGGGAUGAGAAGUUUCUCGUGUUUCUAGGGAAGAGCAAGAUGGAUAUCUGGGUCAUGGACGAGAAUGCCAUGGAUGAGAUGACGAGUGCGAGAUUGCCCGGUUUGGUCGCACUCGAGACGGUUUGAAUGAGAUCUCUUACAAAUCAGACAAUGUGAAAGCCCCGUGAGUUUCAGCGUAGCGAGAAAAUAUUGAAUCUCCUGAAACAUUUACCUCAAGACGUAGAGGAUUGACUUGUAGUUCGGUCCACCUCCAAAGUCCAUAAUCGAAUAUCAUCAACACAAAGGAAAACUACACACUUAUCUCUUUGUACGGGAACCAGAAGAUCCAUCAUCUCACUUCUUCCAAUUAGGAAAUGAUAUAAAAAUCAUAGAAACACUCAAGAAUACAGUGACAAAAAGAAAUGUAAAUGACACAGGAACAGGGCGCCGCAGCCAAGCACAGGGUGUUGUUCUCUAGAAUUCAAACCCAAAAACAAAAGACGUUAGUAAUGUCCCCUAUGAAGCCGGCUCGCAGGCCCCCAAUGCAUGGCCCUCUCCUCCCCCGGCAUAUUCGGCAAAAAAAAAAACUCAGACUCAAGUAUUGCAGGGUCUGACAUGUUUAGAUGCCGAGGGAGAACUCGACGCCAACGUCGAUCUCGCGGGCCAUCUUGACGACCUUGGAGAACUGGACGGACUUCUCGGCGGCGUUCUGGAGGUCCUCAAUGGAGAAGAUCUUCAGGCCGGACUCGUUGAUCUGGAGGGAGGAUGUUAGUAAAGGCGUGAGAGAGAGAGGGGGGGGCGGAGGGUUCAGGGUGAAACAAAAUAAGGGGUGGGAACAUACCAGCUUGUGAGCCUGCUCCAUGUUGGUACCCUGGAGACGGGCAACGAUGGGAGUGCGGAGACCCAUCUCCUGAACAACGUUGAUCAGACCCUGGGCGAUGGCGUCACAGCGGACGAUACCGCCGAAGAUGUUGACGAAGAUGGCAGAGACCUUAGGGUCGCUGGUGAUGAGCUCGAAAGCGCUCUUGAUGGCAGCGGGAGUAGCACCACCACCGACGUCAAGGAAGUUGGCGGGGGUACCGCCGUUCAACUUGAUGAUAUCCAUGGUGGCCAUGGCAAGACCAGCACCGUUGACCAGGCAGCCAAUGUCACCGUCCAGCUUGAUGAAGUUCAGGCCGAACUCAGCAGCCUUGACCUCAUCGGCAUCCUCCUGGGUGACGUCGCGCCACGAGAAGACCUCCUUCUGGCGGAACUCAGCGUUGUCAUCGAAGCCGAGCUUGGCGUCCAUGGCGAGGACCUGGUGGUCGGAGGUCUCGGACAGGGGGUUGAUCUCGAUCUGAGUGGCGUCCUUGUCCAUGAAGACCUUGUACAGGUUCUGGAUGGUGGUCUUGGCGUCCUCGAUGCACUGCUCGGAGAAGCCAAGGUCGGUCGCGAUGGUGCGGGCAAUCUCGUCGGUGACACCGGUGUGGAUGUCAAUGGGGGUGGUGAUGAUGGCAUCGGGGCUCUCCUUGGCGACGGUCUCAAUGUCCAUACCACCUUGGGAAGAGGCGACGAUGACGGGGCUCUGGGUGCCACGGUCCAUGAGGAUGGCGAGGUAGAACUCGCGGCGGGCGAACUUGCGCUCGCAAAUGUAGACGGAGUUGCAGAGACGGCCAGCGGCACCGGUCUGCUUGGUGACGAGCUUGUGGCCGAUCAUCUCUUUGGCAAAGAUCUUGGCCUCGGCAGGGCUGUUCAGAACAAUAUAGAUUAGCUUACUAGUCCGCUUAUCCCAGUAUCUUGACAGAACGGGAUGUACAGAGGCAUAUCGCGUCCUGC